AUGAGCAUUUCUGGCCGCAAUGCACCGCUCUCUCCUGUCUCUGUAGGCGGAAGUGAAUGGCCAACCGCAAAAUACCACGACGACCGUCCCUUUCUGAACAGCAGGGGAAACCUGGCCUCACCACCUUCAUCCGGGGGUUCCAACAGCGCAAUGAGCAUCAACGGCUUCUCUCCUGGCGGCCCUCGCAGCAAUGGGGGUCCAUCACCGCCGGCAUCGGUUGGCCGCUCGAGUAUGGGCACUGCCAUCUAUGCUAGAAGCGAAAGUGGCCGCAACAGCACCCUCAACUCACCGCGCAAUGAAUUGCAAGACGAAGCCACCAUGAGCGAGCACUACCGUGCGCUGAAGCUCUUCCUCAUGAACCGUGAUCCAAACAACAAGGGUCCCCUGAACAAAGCCCGUGACAAGCUAUUGCGACUCUCCUUCGACCAGUUUUUCGAGCUCAGUACAGAUGUCUACGACGAAUUGACCCGUCGACAAGCCGCUGCAAGAGUCCCUCCAGACGCCCCCAAUGCCCCGCCACGUUUCCUUGUCCCAGAGGAAGGGUUCCACCCGAAGCGAAAUCAGGCCCGACAACGACUGUCAUCUCUUGGACCACCGCGGUUCCGAGACCUAAUACAAGAUGUAUGCCAUGAGUUGGAAAGGAGGUUUCCAAGAUUUGUGGGGGUUGCAAUUCCACGGGGGAACAGCGGCAUGUCCAUGCGCAGUCCUCCUGUUGGUCCUCCGAACGGCUAUGGGCAUCCUCCUAGAGGUCAGAGUCUCAGCCGGAUGCGACAGCCAUCAGAUGCGGGCUCGAUUCGAGGGCCACCGCCGCUUGAUGUUUAUGGCGUCCCCCCUUCCCCUGUUCUACCACCUGGCCAGAUGGGACGCCCUAUGCCGAAGCAGCUGAACCAAAACAACACUAUUGUACCGAAUAAGAGCACGAUGGUCGAAGAGGACGAUGAGGGCGAGGCUGCAGGGUCAGAGCAAGUGAAUAAGGGACCCAGUGAGACUUCAGAGGCGGACAAAAAACUAAUAGCGGACUACCAAACGCAAGUCCAAGAGCUCAAGGAGAAGAUCGAGAAUAUGGAAGCAGAAGCAAAGAAGAGGGAUAGCGAGCUUGAAACAGAGCGAUCUCAGGCCUCCCGCGCGAGUGCCGAGAAGGCUGAAUGGGAUGAGUUACGAACUGGUCUGGAAAAUAAGUUGGCAGAGGCACAGAAUCUCAACGAAUCGAUGAAAUACGAGCUAGACAAGAUGCGAGAAGAUCAAGAAGACGAAACAAGUCAUUUGCGAAAUCAAAUUGCAGAAUUGCAGCAAAAUGCAACGGCAAGCCAGGCGGACAACACUCUGCUUGAGGAGAAUCGCACAUUACGAGAAACCACAGAACAAGUCCGACAAGAAGCGCAAGGGUUCUUGAGAGAGAUGAGGAUACUUUCAGAGAAGAGCAAUGCGAACUACGAGAAGCAAUUGGAGCUUGAAAGGUCGGUGGAGCAGCUUGAACACGAUGUUCGAGAAUGGAAGGGACUCUAUGCGCGUGCCAAAACUCAACUCGGAGACAUGAGGGCCCCCUCGAAUGGCCUUACUCCUGAACACCAUGCUGGCAGCAUGGUCCGCGAAAAGGGAUUUAUCGACCAAGUUGGAAUGGUAAAGGAUCUUCACGUCACAAAGUUCCAGAUAUCCAUCGACGAGCUGAUGCAGAGAGCGAGGAAUGACAACCCAGAAAGGGUAAUCGAUGCUAUGAAGUCGGUUGUGGUCAAUGUUCGGCGCAUUACGAAAGACAUCGAUCAGGCAACACCCAACAGCGACGAUUUUGCUGAGCAGAAACCAAAGCUCAAGGGACGAGUCUCAACAACCGCCAACAACCUCAUCACUGCCUCGAAGAACUUCGCAAACGGUGCCGGCCUUUCUCCCGUAUCCCUGCUUGACGCAGCGGCUUCGAACUUGACUGCAGCCAUUGUUGAGUUGCUCCGGGCUGUCAAAAUCCGACCAACUCCUGCCGAUGAGCUGGAAGAAGAUGACGAGGGUAGCGUAACUCCAGUCGAGUCUUCGGGGUUCUUCUCACCCCGAAGUACAACUCAUAUCUCAAGUCCACGCGGCGAAUUCCCCCCUCCACCCCCAUUCCAAGGUCUGGGAGGCCUUCGCGGCAGCGCCGACUCAUCAGCAUAUAGUCCCAUUACCUCUCCUCGUGAGUCUGUUGAUCCAAACUCAGCGAGGGGCGGGGCCGGUAUGGGCUAUCCAGGCAUGAAGGGAUACUAA